UUCCUAUUGGAAAUUGGCCCAAUCCUGCUGCUUGCUGGUCUCUCUGCCAGUGUGACCAGCGUAUAAUUCUCCUUUCCCCUUCUUUCCCUCCGCUUGCUGGAAUCAAAACAAAAGCCGUGCUCAGCCUUUUUGACAGCUGGCAACCCGAAGGCAGCGCUUCCCGAAACGAAAGACAGGUUGUUUGUUGGCAUAUCUCCCCGCUCCGUUCCGAUCCCUUUGGGUCCCAGACCACCACCAACAGUCGGAGUGCAUUUUGACGUCUGCCUGCGAGGAAGACAGCAACCCGUGGACGUCGUCGUCGUCGUUGUCGCUGAGGGUCCACAGCAACCAAUCCCCACCACCCGACCAGCGGGAGUUCCGUCGUCACAUCAUCAUCGCCAUCGUCCGUAAUUUCGGGUGCUUGUGUUUCCGCGUACGUAAGGCUCCACUGGUCCAGCACGAUACGGGCAGUGAUCGAACAAAAAAAAAAAAAAAAACUCACCCACCCCGCGCUCCGCAACCAACCAAAACAAAACGUCCGCGGAAUGAACCACACUGGGAGCCCGAAUCGCAGCAACCAUACGCGGGCACCAUAUUCGUACAGCCGCCAGGGCAGCCAGCAGCAGCCCACCGUUCGAGCCAGUGUUGACGCGGCGUGUUAGUUUUUCGGCUGGCCAGCAGCAGCAACAGGAGUGCGCGGAAGAGAGGAGACAGACACCCCCAUCAUCAUUAGCAGCCAGACAACGGUGCGUGCGUUUGUGCACGGAACGGUAUCGCUUUAUCCUAUCCCCUGGCACAGGGAAUUCCCCCGGAAACCGUAACAGUCCGCUGUAACGCACAACUUUUGGUAUUGAGCCGUCUACGACGGCCGGGAAAACAAGUAGAGCCGGGAGAAAACACAGGCACCCAACAACGGUUGGCAUGCAACGCGCGUGAACCAGGCGGAAGAAGCGGUAGCAGCACGGACGGACGGUUUUUCUUUUGCAAAAGCCAACAUACUUCCUUGAUGUGUUUUGGAGCGCCCAUCGUAACGUUCCUACCAGUGCCAAAGCAACAAGCAGCAGCAGUAGCAGCAGCAGCAGGAGCAGCAGCAGGAGCAGCGUACGCACGUGUACGCAUCCGCCGACCCGCCGGGGUUGGCCCACCGGAAGCAGCAGCAGCCUCACCGACCAGCCGCGUAUGAUGCCCUGCCCGGGGUUGAAGGUGUCGCACGUGAUAUUUGUGAUCGUCAUCGUGAUAACGAUAGUGUUCUACUCGUCGCUCAAUGGCCGCCAGUUCAUACUCGAGCAGCGCCGGUACGCGAACCACCGGAAGAACGACCCGAGCGCGCUGGUCGCGUCCAACCGGACCGUACCGGGGGCGGCGGCGGCGGCGGCGGCAGCACCACCCGACAAGGCGCUGCUAGUGCCGGCGGGGCCACCGGUCGAGCCGGGCACGGUGCGCCAGAAGUGCAACGUGUUCCAGAUGGUGGUGCAGCGGUGCGGGUUUGACGUGCUGCAGAAAUCGGUCGAGCGGACGCAGCAGCAGGCGGUGGACCGGAACCAAACUCAGCUGCUUCUCGCACAGCAGCGGGAGAAGGAGCAGCAGGAGCAGGAAACCGGCCCGGAGCACGUGGACAACAUCCAGCGAAUACCGAACCCGUCCGCGGUGAAGAGCGCUGCCGCGGCCGGGUCUUCGUCCUCCUCUUCCUCCUCCUCCUCCUCCUCCUCCUCCUCCUCCUCCUCGUCAUCCUCGUUGCCGCCGGCGCCCCAGCCGACAGCGCUGGAGGCGGAGGGCGAGCGGGUGAUCAAAACGCGCGACCUGUACCACUCCGGCCACCUGCCGGAUGCGGCCUGCGUCGCCAACCUGUGCCCGCGCAAUGGCACGGACGUGACGCUGCUGAUCGUCGUCACGUCCGCACCGACCCACCGGGAGCAGCGGCUCGCGAUCCGGCAGGCCUGGGGCCACUACGGCAGCCGGCGCGACAUCUCGAUCGGGUUCAUCGUGGGGCAGACGAACGAUGCCCGGACCGAGGAUCAGCUCGCGGCGGAAAGCUACAUGUACAGCGAUCUGAUACGGGGGUACUUCAUCGACAGCUACAGCAACCUGACGCUCAAGACGAUCUCGAUGCUGGAGUGGGCGAAGCUGCACUGCCCGAGCGCCUCCUUUCUGCUCAAGACGGACGACGACAUGUUUAUCAACGUGCCGAAGCUGCUGCAGUUCAUGGAGGCGCACGGCAACCAGCGCCGGACGAUCUUCGGCCGGCUGGCGAAGAAGUGGAAACCGAUCCGGAACAAGAAGUCCAAGUACUACGUCAGCCCGGAACAGUACUAUCCGCCCGUGUUUCCCUCGUUUACCACUGGGCCAGCCUACCUGCUGACGGCCGACAUCGUCGGCGAGAUGUUCGACAAGUCGCUCAGCCAAACGUACCUCAAGCUGGAGGACGUCUACAUGACAGGGAUAGUGGCGCAGCUGCUCAACAUACACCGGAUCAACGUGAAGGAGUUCCUCAACCGGCGGAUAGCGUUCAACCAGUGCAACAUCAAGAAGGCGAUCAGCAUCCACAUGGUGAAGAACAACGAGCAGCUCGACCUGUGGAAGAAGCAGGUCGACACGAGCGUCGCCUGCACGUAGAAGACAUGUUUUGCCUUUUUGUUGACCCCCCCCCCACCCCUCCCAACAUCCUCCAGGUUUAUCCGUUUUACAGGGUUUCGAAUCAUGUAAGCGAAUAGUUCAUUCACUCAUGGGGAAUGUUACAUAUCGGUAGGAGAAUGUCACUAGCAUGCUGUGGAAGUUUGCAAUCAUACAGGGGAUGUUGAUGUGGCAUUCAGCUGUACACAUGUUAAACUAACUAAAUCCUGCUGCGGAGCCAUACAGGGUUUCCCACGAUUUGUUGGUUGGUUACCAUCAAUUUUUGGUGGGUUCCUAUUUUUUUAUGGUGCGUUUCCACAAUUUUUUUGUCCAUUCCCAGAAUUUUGUGGUCCAAUUGUUUUGAUAUCCAAUUAGAAAAUACCAAUAAAUUAUGGGAAUGAACCAAAACUCUAUGGGAUACGAUCAAAAAAUCGUGGGAACGUACCAACAAAUCAUGGGAACUGACCAAUAAAUCGUGGGAAACCCUGUAAUUAAACAUGAUAAAUUUGUAAAAAAUUAACAAAAAUAUUUUGGGGUUUUUCAGCGGUACCUACAGUCCUAUGCAAAAUUGCAAAAUUCCACUAAUCGAUUGCAACAUUCCCCUGUAUAGUUGCAAACUUCCACGGCUUGCAUGCAACAUUCCGCUACCGAUUUGCAACAUUCCCCAUAAGUGAUUGAAGUAUUCCCUUACAUGAUUCGAAACCCUGUAAGCGAAAGUAACUGCUUCCGGUCUUUUGAGUUUGAGGCUACCCGCUUCACCAUUAAAAAAAGCCCCUUCCCUUCCUUCCCAUCCACCACCUAUCCUUCCUUCCAUUGGGACACAGAACAAAACCCCAUAUACAUACAUUAAAAAAAGACAUCACACACUACUAUCGUUCCAUUAAAACAACUUAGAGAAAGAGAAAAAGAAGGAAAAGCGAGAAGGAGAGAGAAGAAGAGAGAGAGAGAGACCGAGAGACCGAGAGACCGAGAGAUAGGGAGAAGAAGACGAUGAGCCGAAGAGCAAAACCCGUUUAGGCAAGAUAAUAAAUUCGAAAUCUCUUGUAAUGUUAUUUCAUAACGAACAAACGAAACAAGCAAAGAAAACUAUCCAUUUCUCGUUUUUAGCAAUACUCAUGUUUUUGUUAUGUACUAAAAAAUUACACAUUUUUGCUUCACAAGCAAUUAAAACAAAAUGGACACAAGCGGAAAAAGGAAAACAUAAAAUCGAACCAGCAAAGCGUACGCGAGCAUAUAUGCCUUUUAAAAGAAAAAAAAAACAAAACAAAUUUGUGAAUUUGUUACAUUCCGUCGCUUUAAAGUGUGUGCGUGUGUGCGCUCGUGUGUGUGUGUGUGUGAGUGUGUCUUUAAAACCGUAAUAUACCACGUGCUAGAGACAAAAUGUCCCCCUCCCCGCAAUGAAAAGCUUGUGAAAAUGUAUAGCAAACUACCGUAUGUGUGUGUGAGUGUGAGUGUGUGUGUGCGUAUUUUUCCCUUUGAGCGCCAAAAAAACAGAGGAGUAGGUGUGUGAGUUUUCAUUCUUUUUUUUUUUUUUAAUUUUGGGUCGUUGUUGUUGGCGUGUGUGCGUGUGCAUGACGCGUUUGCUCUAUGUUUAAGUAAGGAAAUUGGUGCUGCGCGUAACGGCGAGGGAACCGGGACGGUCGGGACGGGGAUGGCAAUUCGAUAGAGGCUGGACGGGGGUAGAUUUUAAGCUCCCUUUCGCGGUUCGUCUUUUUUUCCGUUUGCUUUAAAUUUACAAUUUAAAAUCUUUUUCUCGCAUGCCCCGCUCCCUCCAAACCCCACAAAUGGGCAAGAGUUGGUGUAAGGGGAGGGAGCCUAUAUUUGAACAAAAAAAAAACGUUAAAAAAAUCCAUAAUAUAUUUAUAUACAUGUACAUGUAAAAGCCCAAUAUUUCUAGCGAUGUAUCUCAUGUAUCACUCCACUACCGCAUUCAAUAGUUAGAGACAGAGAGAGAGAGAGUGAAAGAGAGAGAGAGAGAGAGGGAGAGAGAGAGAGAGAGAGAGAGAGAGAGAAGAGAGAAGAGAAGCGAAAGCGAUGUAAGAGCAAUAGCGAGGACGCCUGAAUUGAGCGGAAAUGCAGGCCGAAUUGGAAGAAUUGUAUAGAGGACAACCCCCAUUUUAUAAACAUAAUAUUACAUAGCAAUUCACGUAACGCUUUAAGCCUGUACAUAGAUAAGUUUCGCAUUCGCAACGGGGUGGGAAUUAAGAAAAAAAAACACGUGCCGCCGACGUUUUGGCGGGAAAACAGCCAACCACGUGCGCGACGACUAGCAAGUAACCAACGUGUUACAUCGUACUGUGGCAUUGGGUGGGUGUGUGUGUUUAUCCUUUUUAUACUUUUUUUUUAACAAAUAUUUUAUUUUCUCUUUUUCGCUAUCUCCCUCUCUCUCUAUCUCGUUAUUUAUAUUAUGGCUGUACGGCAAAUAUGCUCCAAUAUUACCAGCACGUGCGCGUGUGUUUGAGGUUUGUUUAAUAUAUUUUUUUAACCAUUCUGUGCGUUAAAUAAAAGUUAGUUUCCGCCGCCGGCCCACCACCUCCAUCCUCCUUCCUCCUCUCCUUCUCCCAUCGUCCCCUGCAAACCUCCCUUUCAAAACCUCAACCGGGUCCGGCGGCUAGGUCCUUGAACGUA